AUGUUAAUUUCAAAACUGGAGAAAAAUAAAGCAAUGAAAUCUGAAGAUAAAGCAGAAAUCAUGAAAACUCUUGAAGUUUUGACAAAAAAGAUCACCAAGUUGAAAGAUGAGGUCAAAGCUGCGUUUCCUGGUCGCUGUCUUCCAAAAAGUAUAAAGGCCAAGACUCAGAUGCAAAAACAAUUGCUUGAUACAGAGCUGGAUUUAUAUAAGAAGAUGCAAGCUGGAGAAGAAGUCACUGAACUUAGGAGGAAGUAUACAGAAUUACAGCUGGAGACUGCAAAACGAGGGAUUCUUUCCUCUGGUCGGGGUAGAGGAAUUCAUUCAAGAGGUCGAGGUACAGCUCAUGGCUGUGGCAGGGGUCGAGGGCGAGGGCGAGGGCGAGGUGUACCUGGUCACGCUGUGGUGGAUCACCGUCCCAGGGCAUUGGAGAUUUCUGCGUUUACAGAGAGUGAUAGAGAAGAUCUUCUUCCUCAUUUUGCACAAUAUGGUGAAAUUGAAGAUUGUCAGAUUGAUGACUCUUCACUUCACGCAGUAAUUACAUUCAAGACAAGAGUAGCUGCAGUUCAUGGAGCUCGUUUUAAAGGGCAGGAUCUAAAAUUGGCAUGGAAUAAACCAAUAGCUAACAUUUCAGCAGUGGAAACAGAAGAAAUUGAAGCUGAUGAAGAGGAAUUUCAGGAAGAGUCUUUGGUGGAUGAUUCAUUACUUCAAGAUGAUGAUGAAGAAGAAGAGGACAAUGAAUCUCGUUCUUGGAGAAGAUGAUUUGGCUGAUCACUGAUCUGCAUAUGCUAGAACUCUACCUGUGUUGCAUUAGGAUUAUCUAAUGUUACUUUACAUACUUGUAAAAACAAUUUUUGCUAAAAUGUGAUGAAGAUGGAUUUCACAAAUAUACAAAAAAGAAGAAAACUACCUUCUGAUCCUGUAUUUGAAAGAUUGAUAUUUACGUAUUAUUUCAGUAAACAGUUGCUAAAGACAUCACACUAGAAACAUAUGCAAUGUUUUUAUUACAUACUUCUACUGAACAUUACAGAAUUCUUUGGGCUCUUUGUAAUUUAAUGAAUAGGUCUGAAAACGUAUGACCAAUACUUGUUAUAACUUAGAGGAUUUUGUUUUACUCCAAAUAAGGAAUGAAUUUGCAUUUAAAAUCUUAAUGAAUGUUUUCAAAAUGAAUAGAUAACAUAGUGCUCUAACUAAAGUCUCCAAGUUAUGUAUUCAUGUUACAUAGUAGUAUGCUUAGGCUUUACUAUGUAUUAGGCUUUUGUUGGACUUGUGUAUGUAUUUUACCAUAUGGGUUUUAAUGAUAAUGGUGUAUGACUGCUUUACGUAUGAGUCCUUAUGCAUCUGGAUGUUAAAAAAAAUAAAGUGGAAUGGUCUCUUAAAA